AUGUGGCCCUUCAGCAACAGCGGCGUGACAUUCAACCCAGAAACCGACAUUCCCAAUCUAUCCGGCAAAGUGGCCCUCGUCACCGGCGGCAACAACGGCAUCGGCAAAGAAACAGUCCUCCAACUAGCCAAACACAAUCCGCACAAGAUAUUCCUAGCUGCACGCACCGAAUCAAAAGCGCGCGACGCCAUAGCCUCGAUCAAAUCUCAGGUCUCCCAGGAUGUCGACAUCGAAUAUGUACCACUCGAUCUGACAUCGUUGCCAUCCAUCAAGUAUGCCGCCGACCAAGUCAUCAGCCGCAGCGACCGACUCGAUAUCCUCGUGUUGAACGCGGGCAUCAUGGCCGUGCCACCUGGCAAAACGGCUUCUGGGCAGGACAUCCAGCUGGGAACCAACCACGUCGGCCAUUUCCUGUUGACCAAGUUGCUACUGCCGGUGUUGCAGACCACGGUUGAGAAAUAUAACCCCGACGUGCGUGUCGUGUCGGUGUCGUCCGAGGCCAACAACUUGGCUCCAAGCCUUGAUACUAUCUUGUCGACUGAGAAACUGACUGCUACGAGUCCCUGGACACGAUAUGGGGCGUCCAAAGCGGCUAACAUCAUGUUUGCUGCUGAAUUGGCAAGAAGGUAUCCCGCUUUCACGAGUGUUUCGUUGCAUCCGGGGGUUAUUAAGACGGAUUUAUAUCUCCCUAGCUCGGGAGCGAAUCCUUUGCUUAAGUAUGGUUUGAUGGUUGUUGGGCCGCUGAUUUAUCAGACUAUCCCGACGGGGGCGCUGAAUCAGUUGUGGGCGGCGGCGGGGGCGAAAAAGGAUGAGCUGGUUAAUGGGGCUUAUUAUACCCCUGUUGGGAGAUUGAGGAAGAAUAAAUGGGCUGAGAAUCCGGAUGCUGGACGACGGCUGUGGGAGUGGACUGAGAAUGAGUUGAAGGCUGCUGGGUAUUAA